AUGGCCAUCAUGGAGACAGACCCUGCCACUAUGAAUCGACGCACAGCAACGACCGAGGACCUGGGAAAACUGCAGGAGAACUUUGUUGUUAAGACGCGUGACUACAAGCAGCAGUACGCUCAUUUGUACUAUAUGCGUCUCAUGCUGAUGCAACCCUUGGUUCUCGCUCAAGCCAAACGCAAGUGGGCCUCCUUGGAUCCCAAGGCGAAGUACGUCGAAAAGAUUCUGGAUGUCCAGCAGGGCGAGAUCUCAUACUUAGUUGGAACAAUCUACAUGGAUAUGAAGCUCAAGCCCAACAUUCUCGACGAUAUUACCAAAGAUCACUGGAUUGCUGCCCAACCCGACCGGCCAAAGUACAUAGACGAUACAGACUCGAUUUACCUGGAGGACGAGUCUGGUCGUGUCAAGCUGACAGGUGUCAAGAUCACGAACGACUUUUUCGUUACUGGUGUCGUGAUGGGCGUCCUCGGAAGCGAAGAUCCCAGUGGCGAUUUCAAGGUCGUCGACGUUUGCUAUGCUGGACAUGGACCUCAGGAACAGCACAGUCUCAUGGAGACUGACGAAGAGGACAAGCACAUCGCUCUGGUGUCAGGACUUGGCAUUGGAGGAAACGACUUCAAGCCCUUGGAGUUGGAUCUGCUUUCUGAGUACUUGACAGGAGAAAUUGGUGGCGUCAAGGAACAAACCAACUGUACCAAUAUUGUCCGCGUCGUGAUUGCAGGAAACUCUAUUGUUACACCACCCCCGGUCGAAGAUGACUCUAAAGCUAAAAAAUAUGGAUACGAUAGGUCGACGUUCGUCACGGCGCCUACGAUGAUCUUUGACAGCUUUCUUCAGGAAGUGUGCUCGAGCAUAGAUGUUGACUUAAUGCCGGGAGAGAGCGAUCCCUCAAGUGUGACGAUUCCUCAGCAGCCCAUCCAUCCAGCAUUACUGCCUUCAACACGCCAAUACUCGACUUUUCACAGCGUUACCAACCCUUACUGGGGAAGCGUAGAUCAUGUCACUCUUUUGGGCGGCUCUGGACAGACUAUCGAUGACAUUUACAAAUACGUGAAGAGUGACAACCGGUUGGAGAUGGCAGCCAAGACCGUUGGAUGGAGACACAUGGCACCCACAGCACCAGAUACUCUCUGGUGCUACCCAUUCAAGGACAGAGACCCUUUCAUCAUGAGCCAGGCACCUCACAUUUACUUUUUGGGCAACCAAGACAAGUUUGCUACUGAGAUGGUGACAGGUGCUGAUGGCCAGAGGACAAGAAUUGUGAUGUUGCCUUCGUUUUCAUCUACAGGCACAAUAGCCCUCGUCAACCUGAGGACGUUAGAGUGCAAGACUGUCUCGUUCUCUACCACUAAGCCCAAGAACUAG